CGCGGGGUGGGCGGGGCGCCCAGGGGUGCCGGGCGGGGCGCCGCCUCCUGGGCCGGGCUGAGAGGGCGGGGCGCCCGCGGGCCUCCCCUGGAGCUGCGUGAGGGAGGCAUCCGCCUUUGUGCACCCUCCGGCACCCUCCAGCCGGCGAGCAGUUUCUCCCAGGAGUGAGUCACUGGUGUCCAUACUCCCGCCUUGGGCUGCCUUCUUCAGCACUGGCCUCUCCGGCCUCUGCAGGGCUGCCCCCCAACCCGCUGGCCACCUGUUUCUGAAGAACAAGUCAUGGGGGAUGGAGACAGAGCUUGUGGGAGUGAGGACUCAAAGCCACCUCCUGGGGUGGACGCCACCACCUCCCUGUACCCAGACACCCAGGAGGACAACAUGAGCCCCAAAGGGGUAGAUGGCGUUGAGCCCACGGAAGGAAGUGACCUGUUGAGUCUCCGUGAGAAGAGGCUUCAAGAAACGCCCAUGGAGUCAGCUCAGAGGCAGAAGCUGAAGCUGCAACAGUGGCAAGGUGAAUGCCAGCUGAACACAGAGCAGAAGUGGAUUCAGGAAGCCAGCCUGGGCAUGGAGCUGGGUGCUGCUCCCAGCACCCAGCCGAGCACAGUGCUGCUCCUGGUGCUGGGCGCUGGUGUCCUUGCCCUGCUGCUCUGGGCUGUGGGCUGGGCUAUCACAGGCCCCGAGUGUCUCCCUGGGGGGACCCUGUUUGGCCUCAUCAUCCUGCUCUACGCUGCUGUGGCCGGAGGCGGGCUGCUGGGGCUUGUGAGGCUGCCCAUGCUGCCUCCCCUGCCCCCUCUGCUAGGCAUGCUGCUGGCUGGCUUCCUGCUCAGGAACAUCCCCUGGCUCCACGCCCACCUUCACAUCCCGCCCCGCUGGUCCUCGGGGCUCAGAAGCCUGGCCCUGGCAGUCAUCCUGGUCCGCGCAGGCCUGGGGCUGGACCCCAAGGCACUUCGGAAGCUGAAGGGCGUCUGCGUGAGGCUGUCGGUGGGGCCCUGCCUGGUGGAGGCCUGUGCGGCUGCCCUACUGGCUCACCUGCUGCUGGGGCUGCCCUGGCAGUGGGCCUUCAUACUGGGCUUCGUCCUGGGGGCUGUGUCCCCCGCAGUGGUGGUGCCGUCCAUGCUGCAGCUGCAAGUCCGGGGCUACGGAGUGGCUAAGGGUAUCCCCACCCUGCUCAUGGCCGCCGGCAGCUGCGAUGACAUCCUGGCCAUCACUGGCUUCAACACCUGCCUGGGCAUGGCCUUCGCUACAGGCUCCACCGUCUUCAACGUCCUCAGAGGAGGCCUGGAGGUGGCUGUUGGCGUGGUGGGAGGCGUUCUUCUUGGCUUCUUCCUUCAGUAUUUCCCAAGUAGUGACCAGGCGGCGGCGGUGAUGUGGAAGCGGGCGGGCCUGGCCCUGGGGCUGGCGGUGCUCGGUGUGUUCGGCAGCCUGCGGCUGGGGCUGCCCGGCUCCGGGGGCCUCUGCACGCUGGUCCUGGCCUUCCUGGCCGGCUGCGGCUGGGCCGGCGCCAAGGCCGAGGUGGAGCAGGUGGUGGGCAUGGCCUGGACUGUGGCGCAGCCCUUUCUCUUCGGGCUGAUUGGCGCUGAGGUGUCCAUUGCUUCUCUCAGACCGGAGACCGUGGGCCUCUGUGUCGCCACGCUGGGCGCUGCGCUGCUGCUGAGGGUGCUCACCACGUUCCUCAUGGUGUGCUGUGCUGGCUUCAACACCAAGGAGAAGCUCUUCAUUUCCCUCGCUUGGCUUCCGAAGGCCACAGUGCAGGCUGCCAUUGGCUCCGUGGCCCUGGACACCGCUAGGGCCCACGGGGAGAAGCAACUAGAAGACUACGGCAUGGACGUGCUGACCGUGGCCUUCCUGGCCAUCCUCACAACCGCCCCUGUGGGAAGCCUGCUCAUUGGGCUGCUGGGCCCCGGGCUGCUCCAGAAAUCUGACUCUCCAGAGGCAAAUGAAGACGGUCAGGGGGAGAGAGCACUGCAGGUGUAGAGAGCCGGGUCACAGGAAGCUGCCGCUAAAGGUGGCUCGGGCAAGAGGCCUGCUGACACACGGCAUGUUGGGGACCUGGAGACAGCUACCACAGUGGCAGGGCAUACCUCAUCAUACCAGAGGCCCUGGGUUCAAGCCCUGUGGGAGCGCCCUGGGGCACUGGGGUGGCUCUGUGGAUGGUGGAGCAGGGUCCUACUCUCUGUCACCUCCCUCUGCACCCCUCCCCAUGUGUGUCAUCUAUAUGGGGACACACGCCAAAAGGCAAGACUGCCUCCUGCUCAGGCUGACCCCCAUCUCCAUGUCCUGCUCCCAUCCUGGCAUCUCUGGCCCAGAACUGUUUGGGGCUCACAGCAAUCUCUCUGCCCUCACCUCCCUGGCUCAUUUGCUUCUGCUGUCUUUGCACUAACCUCCUGUGGAUUCUCUUUUUAAUUACUUCCUAGUAAGGAUGUGCUGCUUUGCAAGACUUUAUUCCCCGAGGACCUGUAACAAAAGAUGUUGGGGAAGACAGAACAAUGGUUCCGAAAAAGAUGUUCUUGCCAAGGCUCUGAGGCCCCAGGUUCAAUCCCUAGCACCACCAUCAGCCAGAGUUGAGUAGAACUCUGGGGAGAUAAUAAUAAUGAUAAUAAUAAUAAUAAGGCUAGAGAGACAACAUAAUGGCUCUGAGGCCCCAGAUUCAAUCCCCAGCACCACCAUCAGGCAGUGUUGAGCAAGGUCCUGAUCUUUCUCUCUGUAUCAUUAAAAUAAUUAAAACAUAUAUAUAUGUAGCAGUGACAAGCACACCUGGUUGCGCACAUGUUGCAGUCCACCAAGACCCAGGUUCAAACCCCCCACUUCCCACCUGCAGGGGGAAAGCUUUGCAAGUGGUGAAGCAGGGCUGCGGGUAUCUAUCUGUCUCUUUCUCUCUCUCCCCUCUCAACAUGUUUCUACCCAGUAAAUAAAAUAUUUUUUAAAAUU